CACUCAGGCGUCCUCCAUCAGUCAUGUUGUGAUGCCCAUAUCUGCUCUCGUUAUCGCUUCGACAACACCAUCAUCAUCGAAAUAACAUUGGUAAAAGCGAUAAUGCAUUAGUAAGUGUGGCGUGAUCAAACGAUGCGGACGUUCAGGUAAUCUCCAAUAAAAAAAUAUACAUCUGUGUGCAUCACCACAUCAACUGCUCCAAUUGUUCUCCAUGAGCACACUUAGCAGACCAAGCUGAUGUUCAAUUGACGUAAUACGGUGGACAGUGCCGACAGUCUCAACAAUAAAACUUAUUCGUAAAAAUCAGUCGCCAGAAUUGGGAGACAGUGACUUGCGCCAUUCGUAAUGACUUGAUUGUUCAUCGAGUUGGCAAUUGUUUUGAUGGACUUGGAGUAUUGAUUGGUCUAUUAUCUCACUAAUUUAAUUAAAAUUCUUGGAAAUCGGGGGAAUCAAAUUGCUCUGAAUUCCGGAGAACCGAGAAUUCUUCAUCGUUGAAAAGUUUCAAGUGAGCAGAUGUAAUGGGGCAUAAUAGUGACAUUGGUGAGAUGAUAAGUCUAGUUGUUAAGGCACCGGAUCAACAGAUUAGUGAUCAAAUUGUCAAGUGUCAGCUUCAUUGGACUGUUGGAAGGUUAAAGGAGCAUCUAGAAACCGUUUAUCCUACGAAUCCAAAACGAUGCGAACAGAAAGUAAUAUUUUCUGGUCAGCUCCUGAGGGACUCCAUGGUCCUGCAGGAUGUCCUUCCACAGCACUACAAUCAGAAUACCCCCCUGGACAACACGUACAUCAUUCAUUUGGUGUGCACGUUGAAACCAACGACCUGCCGGCCAUUGCCGAGCUGUCAGGUGACACCCAGUGCAGUUCACACACCUGAUAUUAUGACGUCGUCGUCGACGGUACAACAGUACUAUAGUCAACUCAAUAGUCAACAAAUGGCGUGGAUGCAGCAAGCCUAUGCUCAUUAUUUAACGCAAUACAUGCAUCUAAUGACAGCCCAAGGAAUUCAGCUACAGAGCACGAUUCCCUACGUGCAGUCCUCAAAUGCUCGCAGGUCAGAGCCAACCAAUAACGCCAGUAAUCAAGUCCACAAUAAUGCUAAUCAGGACGAGGGCAAUGAUGAUAAUCAUGGAGCCGAGCAAGAUGGAGUCGAUGCAGGCGUCAACCCAGCAAAUAAUAACGUUGGAGAAAAUCGAGAACCUGGUCUCAAUCGAGAUUGGCUCGAUGUCUUCGAUGUACUUGCUCGUAUCGUCGUCCUGUCCAGUAUUGUUUACUUUUAUUCAUCCCCCUGGAGGUUUCUGGUAGUAACUUGCCUGGGAUUCGCGAUUUAUCUGAUCCAAAGUGGAUUCUUCAGAGGCCAGCCAAUAUUUCCCAACGAUAACGGUCGAGCUGAGAACGAUAAUAACGCCGAUAAUGAAGCGGCUCAACCAGCAGACUCGAUACAUCAAAGGAAUCAACCCCCAGCUGCUGAAACUCCACCCCAGGAGCAGAGGGCGACAAAUCCCAAUGAAGACAAUGGAAGGCCCGGUGCUUGGGCACUCACGUGGACUUUCUUCAGUUCAUUCUUUGCAUCUCUCAUUCCUGAACAGCCGCCUCCUGUUCUUUAAAUUACUUCGGUACCAAAACUAGUUUUUCAGCGAAUUUAUCUUUUUACGAUCGUAACGUUUUCUCCACAUGUGCAAUCAAUAAAUUGACGGUACGUAGAGGGACUUUGGAUGCAGGAAAGAGUUGAUACUCUAUUAAAAAACUAUUGAAUGAAUAAAAUACGUUCAAGUUGCCCGUUGUAAUUAGGUAAUUUCUGAGAAAGUGUUUCAAUUUAUUUUUGUCUAUGGUUAUCGAUGGAAGAUAUUCAGGAGAAAGUGUUUUCUCUCUUGUGAUAUAAAUAAAUCAUUCAUCAAUGUUGAGUGAUUUUUAUUGCAUUGAAAAUAAAGGGUAUUCCAAAGAUUUACAUAA